GCUGUACAAUUCUCUCAACAAAAACCAAGGAACACUUUGAAAAUCAUAAUGAGAGCAGAGCUGCCAUAGCACAUGAGAGUCAGAGUAUGAAAGGAAUUUGAAAAAAAAUGUCAAGCCUUUGGAGGUGAAGUGGGAUUGGGUAAGAUACUGCUCGGGAAAACAAACAAACAUAUCGAACUGCCAACAGUGCACAGGGUUAAAAACCUCAACCGACUGUCACAGAGGGGAAGUAUCCACGUGCACAAUGCCAUGUCAUGUAUUCCCACUGCUGCUGCCCCUGCUGCUGUUCCUGUCUGUGUUUUGGACGUCCCAUGGCUGUCUACAGGACCCUGCUUCAGCCUACAGAUUUACCGGGGCUGUAUGUCGCCUCACCUACCCUGCAGCUGUUGUGUUGAAUGAGAAAACCACUAAAGUGAUUGAGGCAGCAUUCCAACAUGCCAGAUACCCAAGUGUGAAGGGAGAGAAAUCUCUGCUCUAUAUAGGCAGAGUCACAUAUGGCCUGGACAAUUUGGAGAUUCACAACCUGUCGAUUGGUCGGAGUGCAUUUGAACUACAUCCAGGUGAAGGCAUUGCCUUGGAAAUAAGCAAUGUGUCCGCAGUCUUCAGAGGGAGCAUCCAGUAUGGAUACGGCAGCUGGCUUGUCAACGUUGCACAUUCAAUUGACUUUGAAAUUGAAUCUCAGAUUGAUCUUGGAAUCAACCCCAAACUUUACUGUGGAGGAGGGAAGGUGGCAGCAGACACAUCAGACUGUUACCUGAAUUUUCACAAGCUCCGUCUGCAUCUGCAGGGCGACAAAGAACCAAACUGGCUGAAGAGGCUCUUCACUGACUUCAUCACCUUCACUGUCAAACUGGUCAUAAAGGGGCAGAUUUGUAAGGAGAUCAACAAGGUGGCAAACAUACUGGCUGACUUCAUACAAGACACAGCAGAGCAGUUCCUCAGUGAUGGAGACAUCAGUAUGAACAUCGGUGUAACUGCUGCUCCUGUCAUCACUGCUAACUACAUAGAAUCAUACCAUAAGGGACUGACCAACUACAACAACACUUCUGCUGUCAUUAAUGAGUCUGUUUUCCACCCCAGUCAGCUAACUGAAAACAGGAUGCUGUACUUUUGGCUCUCAGACCAGGUCUUUAACCCCAUGAUUGCUGCUGCCCACCAAGAUGGUCGUUUCCUACUCAACAUCUCUGGAGCAGAGCUCACUGAACUUUUCAAGACAGAUCUCUCCAGGACUAUGCCUGAGUUUAUAAGGAAGUGUCUGCUGGAGUCAGAUUCACCAGAACUAAGAGUGUGGAGUUCAUCUGUUCCCUACCUCAACACCUCCACCUUGGGUACGACAGUGUGGGCAAAGGCCUCUGGGCAGCUCCGCUGUGGGAGUGAAGGCACACCGACACUCUUCUUUCAAACGGAUGUGGCCAUUGAUGUCAGGGCUUCCUAUGCUGACAAGAAAGUCUUCCUGCAGGGUAACUCUUCAGAGGUCUUUGUAUCACAAGUGGAGGUGCCCUUACAAAAUCAAAUGCUGCUAGAUGAGGUACAUGUGGAGUUCAUAAGAGAAGCUGUGGAGAAGAUAGGCAUCCCCAAAGUCCUGUCUGUUCUGGAGAUUGAACUAACCAGGCUGCUGGACAAACAAGGAACUAACCUAUUUGACAUCUUUAACCCAGAGGUGCUUUCCCGGGAUGGUUAUGUGGUGAUUCAGAUGGAUUUUGGUUUCCCUCAUCACCUCCUGGUUGAGUUCCUCAGGAAGACACUACAGUAACUGUGCAACCCUUAAGAAAUUUGGGCCAGAUUUGAUUUUAGUGGCUAGCCUGAAAUUGUUGCACACAUAUAAAAUGUACCCUUCACAGUGAUUAUAGACAUGAAUAAGCAGCACAAAACGUGUUUCUGUUGUAUGUACUACCCCAUUUCCAAAAAAAGUUGGGAUGCUGAGUCAAAUGUAAAUAAAACCACAAUUCAGUUAUUUGUAA